AGAAACAAGGAAAUCUUGAUAAAGAUCUAGAAAAGAUUUCUAGAAAUGUCGAGAACCUCUAACCUGUAAUUCCAACCUGUCAAAAACAGAUGUUUAUUGUUGAUCCGUUCAGUAUCCGAUUUCCGCCGAAAUUGUUCAUUAAUUGCGUACUCAACGUUGCUUUUUCUGGGCUAAACGUGUUUAAAUCGAUUGUCGAAUAGGAGUUUUACAAUUCAUGAAUCAUUUAGGAGGAAUGGACAGAGGUAACCCAGAUGACCAAAAUAGGCCUUCCGUUUUCACGGAUCAGUAUCCACCUCCAAUGAGGCCCCCUUUAAAUUGGAGUGAUAUACCGGGAACUUCCCAAUCUCCCGUCAAUUAUGGAACACCUCCUAGUGUUGGCUAUAACAUGCAGCCACAAGGGUUUCCCGUUCAACCAAAUUUUCAAUUUAGCAGUAACCGAGGGAAUUUUGGUCGAACUGUUCAGUUUCCUCUUCGUUAUGUGCCCCACAGGUUCAGUAUGGAGAGACAAAUUUUAUCUACAAUGAGGGUUAAGAGGAAAACAGAUUCUCCACCUCUUCAAGUAUCGAAGCAAUUUAUCACCGAAGAAAAAAUGUCACAACACCUUUCGAAAUUACGUAUCAGUUCUGAAACACCGUCAGAAAUGGAAAGUGAGGAAAUAAAAGAGAAAAGACUGUAUAUGUGCGAAGAAAUGAAAAAAUUUCAGGCACAAAACGAUCCAAUAAUUCCAGAAUCUCUACUGAACAGAAUGAGUAGACCGUGCACUGCUUUAGUUUUGUGGAAACCACCAGAAAGUAUUCUAGCUCCAUCCCGUUUUGACCACAGGGAAGAAGACAGUGAAAAUAAUAACAAUAAUGACGACAACUACCAUCACGUUGAGCAGCAAGUUAUCAAUUCAGAUGUUGUGGACGAUGUGGAAUUUGAAGAACUAUAAUGACUGAAUUUUAUCACCUUCAUAUUAUAUACUAUGACUUCCAUAUGUGAUAUUUUGAGAAUCGAAAUUGUUGAAAUUUUCAUCUUUUUUUCUGUUUUAUAACAGUGAGUUAACAUUACUCUAUAAUCUUUGGUUAUCCAGAUGAUAUUCCUCAUAUUUUUCGAAGGGAUUGAAAGUAACGAAGCCAGUAAAUGCUAGAAUUAUAUCGUGAUAAGUUUGAGAGUUUGUUGAAAAUUUCGAUCUUAAUUUUGUGUAAAGUUAUCAUUUAAUUGAUGAAAUUGUAAUAUGAAGACUGUUUUAUCUGUUUCUAUCAUCAAUUCCACUGAGGGAUAAAUAUAAGUGUGGAGUCUCGUAGGUUCCUAUGUGAAUAAUUUUAUUGUCGAAUGUCUGAAUGAAUGUCGAUCUACAGGUUAAAUGCAAUUUUCAGUACUGAAGUUGACUUGUUUGUAUUUCAACUUUGUAGUUUGUCACGAUAAUUAUUUUUUUUAUUUUACAUUGUAUCAAACUUGCGUUAUAUUGACAAAGUUCACAUUGCUGUAACUACAUUUAUUGUACUGUAAAAUAAAUUUAUUUUCUACA